UGAAGCUCUCAACACAGUCCUCCUCUAGCUCACAGCGCAUCCACACAUUACACCAAACCACUGUCCAUUGCUUGUCAAUCAAAAUGAAGUCCUUCAUCAUCACCCCCAUCAUCGCCAUGCUCGCCGCCGGCGCCGUCGCCGAUAACUGUAAGAAGGGACUGAAUUAUUGUGGUUCCUCACUUUUGAAAAAGGGCGACUAUCAGGAACAGAUUGACCAGGCUUUAGCCGUUGCGGGACACGCAAGUUGGAAUGGCAACAACGUCUUGUUCCAUUGUCUCGGCGGAAGAAGCGGUGCCAUCGAGUUCGUCAAGGGCUGCCCAGGCGGCUGCAAGGACAAUGGCAAGGACAAAAGCGAUACUUGCCGAUAAGCAUAAGGCCAGCAGAGCUCUAGAGGUGGUCUGGGGAAACGAUGUCAAAUGGAGUAUCCCCAAUGCCUGACAGCAAGAUUCUCAGUCAUGGUUCUGAAGCCUGGGAUAGGAGGAAGAAAAAAGAGGCGGUGAUGCUUGCUCCAAGUUCUCGGCUACUUUCGCACCUGCUCGGGCGGAAACCGAUUUUGCUAGCGGCU